UUAAAAAGAAAGGGCGGUAUUUCAUUGUCGUGACCCGAGACUGCCGUAUAAAUAAUAAUAAUGGUACCAGUCUUCUGGGAAUAAUUUCACGUUUUAAUAACGUAAUUAAGUUAGAUGGGCUCAAACGCGAUAAUGAGCGCGCAACCGACGUCAGCCAGAAUUGUAGUUUUUGUGCCCGCCGUGCGAACCGGGCCGCCGGAGUCUACUGGGAAAUGCUUUUACUGCUCUCAAAUUUGCGCUUUCACUUUAUUAUUCUUGGCUAAUAGACGUAAUUAGCAUAAACAGACAAUGUAAUUGAACCUUAUACGUUUAGCAUAUUGUUAACAUCUCCUAGGGGAGGUCGUUGUAUGCAGCAGCAUUAGUAUGAGCGCCGGGUGCCGACUUCCGCCGCGGUUUCCGCCGCGCGUCGCGAAUCAGAAACGCAGUCUGUCAACAAUAUUCCGUCUGGCGCGUUGUUUUUAAUGAAGACGUUAAUAUUUUUCGUGAAAUGUUAAUUAGUUAUCUGGGUUGGGCGAGUGUCGGUUGGGCGCACAGUAACUGAGUAACCCACAAUCGGUGCGGUGGUGAAUGUUUGGUCUGCCCCACGGCCGCUGGGCAGUGUUUACGUUGGCGCGCCGCCAGCGUUGUCCGCGCGGUGCCUACGCGCAAACAAUAAUACAACAUUCUGGAGCUGCGCCUCUGCCAACGCCGCCGAUAUCGACGUAUCCGUCACGUCGAUAUUCGUCACCUGUCGUCAUUAUGAUGUACUCCAUUGUGCACGCAUGCCAUUGUUUACGGUAAAGGCUGUGUCUGCGGCCUGCGGACGUGUCUUCAUUGUGCAUUCCGAGUCCCAGCAGAGCGCUGUGGGUGCUACAACAAACAACAUAAUGAUCGAAAUGUUAGUUUACCAGGAAAAUGGAUUAAUCUGUAACGUUAAGGAAAAUGGGAUCAACCGGGAUAAUAAUAGCCCCGGACAGACGUGUCACAAACAGACAAUUUACGCCGCGCUGAAGGUGAAGCUGAUGAUGCGACGGCCCAUCAACCAGCUGGUGGCGCAGGGAAUCAUGCCCCCUCUGAAGACACCGCCGGCAUACUUCGAGCAAUGCAAGCAACUGGAGAGAGCGAAAACUGGAGACUUACUGAAGGCCAAGAUACAGCGGCGGCCCGACCGCCAGGAGCUGGAACGAAGACAUAUAUUAGAACAGGAGAGCCAUGUAGACCCGAGCCUGGCCGAGAAGCAACGGAUGCUAAAGAAGGCCCGUCUAGCCGACCAACUCAACGACCAACUGUCGCACCGGCCCGGCCCGCUCGAGCUCAUCAAGAAGAACAUCCUGCACACCGAGGAGACCAUCGAGACCGCCGUCAAAACCGGCAUCCUAGCGUUCAAGGCAACCAGCGAAGGCGCCAGCGGACGGCCUCUACACCCAUCCUCAUACUGUGGUCCGGAUGAUACGUCACCUACCCCCUCCCCCCCGUCUACCCUCUCCCCCGCCUCGGUAGCCUCACCCCCGCAGCACCCCGCGCCCGGCAAGGAUAAGAAGAAGAAGAUCAAACAGAAACAGCAGCAGCAGACCAAGUCGAGAUUCAAGUUUCAUGAGUACAAGGGUCCCCCGAGCGCGCACAAAGCGACGGUGUCGAGCAGCGGCGACGAGGAGACGCCGUACGACCUGCUGCUGCAGCAACAGCAACUGCUGCUGCAGCUCAUGCUGCCCGCGUCGCCCGCGUCGGCCUCGGCGGCGUCCGACGCCGGGUCGCCGCCGCCGCCGCCGCCGCCGCCGCGCCUGCAGGACAUGAAGGUGUCGGACCUGCGCGCCGAGUGCAAGCGCCGCAACCUGCGCGUGUCCGGGCCCAAGCCGCAGCUGCUCGACCGCCUGCGCCCCUUCCUCGUGGAGCGCGCGCCCUCGCCGCCCGCGCCGCCCUCCCCGCCCGCCCCGCCGCCGCCCCCGCUCGCGCCCGCCGAGGACAUCGUGCAGUCGCAGCGCCGCCAGAUCUCCGAGCUCGAGCGCAAGCUGGAGGCGUCGCGCCAGCAGCUGGAGGCCGUGCGGCGCGACGCGGCCGGCGCCGCCGCCUGCGACCAGUCGCGCCGCCUGCUGCAGGCGCACCUGUGCGUGUCGCAGCUGCGCGCCCAGCUCGACGCGCUCACCGCCGCGCCGCCGCGCCUCGUGCUGGCCGCCGAGCCCGCCGCGCCGCAGGCCUACAUCCUCAACGGCGUCAAGGUGCUGCCCAUCGCCAUCCUGCCCACGCCCGGCUACGAGGAGCCCGCGCCCCCCCCGCCCCCGCCGCCGCCGCCGCCGCCCCCCGCCUCGCCGCCGCGCGACGUCGCCGACGACAGCCAGAUCAUGGACGACGUGCUCGAGAUCCUGGUGGAGACGGGCGAGCUGCCCGCGUCCGCCGUGGACGCGCCCGCGCCCGACGCCACCUUCCUCUCGCCCGCGUACUCGCCGGUCUACUCGCCCGCCUACUCGCCGCGCCAGCACGACGCCGACGCGCUGCAGCGGGAGCUGAGCGACCUGCAGUACGAGAUGCUGUCGCAGGACAUGAACGGCAACUGCCCGCGGCUGGACGAGCUGCUGGGCGAGGGGCCGGCGCGCGCCGACGACGAGCUGUUCGGGGCGCUGCUGGACGCGCCGCAGCCCAUGGACGUGGAGGAGCCGCUGCUGCCCGCCGGCUUCGACAUGGAUGAGCUGUCGCUGCCCAGUCUGGACGAGGAGCCGCGCUGCGAGCUCGACCUCAAGGAGUUCGGCAUCGAGCUGGACGCGCGGCCCUACGCCUGCCUCCCGCCCCGCGCGCUGGGCCCCCGUGACCCGCUGCUGGGCGGCGCCCUGCCCCCGCCCCCGCGCGCCGCCCUGCACGCCGCCCGCCCGCAGCGCAAGCACUACUCGUGGGACCGCCUCGAGUUCGACGCCACCUGACCCCGUCCGCUCGCGCACGCGCUGUGACCUGCCGAGGUUAUACAGACUAUGUGUGUGGUGAACGUCGGUCGCCGGACGAUGGAUGUUAUACGUACUAGUCUCUCUUCAGUGAAUCGUUCUUCCCUCGUGACGAGUUGUUGUGUAUAGUUGUAAGUGAAACGCCAAUAUGAAACACAAAGUGUUGACGUUGGAACAGACUGCGUACAUUAGUGUAUUACAGUAUUCUGUACUUAAUAGUGGAUACAAAAUAUUUAUACGUCGCUAGUUCGUAAUUUUAGUUAGGGGGUGAUGCACCACUUGCAGAUAAGUUCCAUUUAGAUUGUUAUACAGUCUAGAAUCAAAUAUAUUAGGUGGAUUUUUAUAUGGAAAUACUAGUUUAAAUGUAGGUAAUAAUGAGUGUAUUAUUGGGUGGUGUAAAUCCCUCUGCGUUAUGUCAAUAAGUGAGUGUCCUCCGCGGCCCGCGCGCACUAACAUACUCGGCUCACACAUUAUAAAUCCAUUUUAUUUACUAUUUAUAAGCAUUAUCUACUUAUGUAUAUAUUGAAGUUUUUAUGUAAUAAUACUCAACAUAGUUGUGGAUUUCUGCAUUCCGCCCGAUGACUAAAACUUAGGGGAAAAUUUAACGUAAGGAAAGUUGUUUUUAUUUGUUGAAGUGCAUCACACCAGCCUACAGCGGUGACGCCGUGUGCUGGUGCUGUCACGCGUUUAAUCAGUUUAUUGCCAUGUCCCUCCGCCGCAUGGUUUAGCUUUUUCCCAAUUCAGAAUGUGACAUUCCAGUCUUGUUGAAGUGUAUAGCGGCAUAUCGGUAGCCUGGCGGCUCUCGACACUGCCUCCACGACGCGAGGGCUAUGCAUGCUACUUGAAAUCUCUGUAAACCUACCCGGUAUUAGCCGGGAUAACCACAAACAUGACACCAACAUGCAUAUCACCGAGCUAAUGGAAAGAUAUAGAUAGAAUUAGCGAAUAAUGUAAUGAGUGGAGAGGGCCGCCGCCGCAGCUCGCAAGCCAUCGUCAUGGGUGGGACCACCUCGGGAACAAUGUUAGAUACGAAAUCAUUUAGUUAAAAGUAGACCAGUUAGACAUUGUCACACAAAAAACUGUGCAAGCGCCUUUUACUAUUGUUGGAACGAAUAUUCAUAAUUACAUAGCACACACUCGUUAAUUAUUUCACUAUUAUUUAUUCUGAUUGAUUUUGUUAUGCCUUUUUGUUCAUUAGUCUUGAGUGUAGUGUGAUCUUAGAAUUACUAAUUAUGCAAUUUAUCAUUU